AUGCUCAAAUUGCUGCAAAGUACAUCAAGAGAGCUCAGGACAUGGCUUGCUUUUAUCUGGGCAAAGAUUCUUGCUGUCGACCCUAGUGUUCAGUCGGAGUUGUUCAAGGAAAAUGGAGAUGAACCAGGGCGAUUUGAAUCCACGAAUCGUUCAAAACCCGUUCAGCUACGGUACCAUUUCUUCGUCACCAUUCUCAACGAUCCAGAUACACUACCCCGACAAAAGAUUGUAGUUGCUUUUGUAUUGGCCACAUUAUUUCAUAACAAUUACAGAAUUGCGCAAGAGAAUCUCACAAAGAAAGGAUAUGUCAACCUUUGCACUGAGCUGUUGAGUGAGAAUCAAGCAAAAGAUUGUCGUCUAUUGAAGUUAUGGAUAUUGAUCGGAUUAGGUCGUUUGUGGGCGGAUUAUGAUCCUGCUCGUUGGCAGGCUGUACGACUUGUGGCUUAUGCUAAG